AUGCCGCUGGUCCUGAUCGCGCAGCUUCUGCCGCAGCGCGUGCGACUCGCGCUUGGCGUCCGCGAGCCGCUCGCUCUCAUCCCGCCGAAGACUGGUGGAGAGCUGCUCGUAGCGAAGCACCGCGUCGUCACGCUGGAGUUGCAGCGCCGAUACCUCUGCGUAGAGGCGCUUGAGCUCAAUCUCCUGUGCUUGCCGCGUCUGCGUCUCCAGCAGCUCGGUAGUCGUGCGCAGAGGCGGAACGGCGUGGCGGUUGCCCACAUCGACACGUGCGAGUUGGGCGCGCAGCUUCUGCAGCUCGAGCUCCUGCGUUGUUGCCUGCAUGCGCAGGCUCUCCACCACCUCGCGGUGCUUCUCCUCCACCACGCGGAGGUGCGCGGCGUGGUUCUCGCUAGCCUGCCGCAGCGCCUGCACCAUUCUAUGCCGGAGCCGCUCCAGCUCCUGCAUCUUGUCCUCGUUCUCUUUUCCCAGCAGCUGUAG